AUGUGUCAAGGAGCUUCAUCUUCAAGUCCGCGUAGCAAGAGGAGGCUCUUCAUUGCAUCCAGUACACUCUCAGGAGGUGGCGACUCAUCUCCUAGUGGAUCGUCCUCUUUCUGAUGAUGGCUUGUUCGUCGAUCAAUUGGAGAUGCUUUACUCAAUGAAUUUGCGAUCCUUUUAUCAUGAAUCGCUCAACAAUUUUAGUAACAAUGCUCCGCGAAUUGUGUUGACGAGGUUUUUGUCAAUGAUCUAGCAAUUCUAGUAGCUUAAUCCUUCACCGACGUUGUGUAGAAAAGUCGCGAUAAUCAGAUAAAAAAUAUGAGUUUUGGCCCAUGGAAGAUUCGAACCUGCACUAGUUGCCCGCCCGUUCUAUGGAAGGUGUGAUGUGAGUUUAGUUCGACAUCGCUUGUGCGCCAAAGUUUCUGGUGAAUAUAUAGUAAUAUUAUAUUUGCAAUCAAGUCCCUUUCUUGCACGUGUACGACCACUCUUUGCCCCAUAGCUAGCUGGCCACCGGUGACGUGGAAGGGGAGUGGCGCACACGUGCCCCUAUCGGUCCAAGCUUAAGCCGCUCGAGCCCCUGCUCGCGGCUACUCCCGACUGCGCUUUCGACCCGCUUGCGGGCCCGGCUGGCCGGCGGGUCCCCCCAUUUUGCAAUAUUUUUAUUUCUUUUUCCUCAUUUAUCUCAAAAGUAAGACUGUAAAAAUCAGAUAAAUUUGUAUAAAAUCACAUAAUUACCCAAAAAAUCACAUUAAUCAACUGAAAACCACUUUUCACACUUUAACAUAAUUAUAAGUCUAUUUAUCACGAGUUAAGGCUAAAACUAUAUUAUUUACUAAUUAUUAACUCAUGAUAAUGAAGACUUAUCACACCCCCCAACUUAAAUCAUUGCUAGUCCCUUAGCAAUGGAAUUACGAAAAUAAAAAUUUACAAAUCUCAAACAUCAUAUUUCAAUACAGAAAGAAAAAAAUACAAUUAGAAAUGAUGCACCUUUAGACACUUUGGAUUCUUAUAUCAAGUAUUUAAGAAUGAUGUCAAGCACUUAAAUGUCUAAACACUCCUUGGAAUAACAAUCUAGACUUCACUUCUUCUAUUCACAUCUUUAUCACUUCUUCACUCAUAGAUGUAUUUACAAAAUGUUCCAAUUAUCAAUACUCAUCUAAGAAUAAUAUUGAUCCUACAUUUCCCUUUUUCUAUGGCUUGAUUUUUGAAGUUUGCACUAUAUUUCUUCUUUCUUUAUAUAUAGUGGAUAAGUAGCUUUUCCUAUAGAUAAAUUUCGACAAUAAGAAUGAUGUCUCAUACCCUCCAUGUAUACUCUUCAUUUUCAGGGCUUUCACUUUAUCCACUUAUUUUUCAGCAAGUGUUUUUCUAUGCACAAUUUUUGACAAUGAGAAUGAUGUCUCACACCCUCCAUGUGUACUCUUCGUUUCUAGAUUUUUCACAUUGCUCUCUUUUUUUUCUUUUUUUUUUUUUUUCGAAAUAAGUGAUUUCUCCUCACAAGUCCUAUAGAUCAGGGUGCAAAAAUCUCCAUUAAACUCAAAUGAUCAAUCAAAUUUUCACAUCAAGUAAAUAUUAUCCAUCAAGAUCAUGAAGUGAAAAUCUGUAAAAUCAAAUCCAUGUUAUCUAUCAUGUAUCCAAGGAGUAUUCCAACAUUUCAUGCUACUAGAUCAUUCUUUUGACUCAAUAAUAAUCUUCCUAGUAUCUUUUGGUAUCAAUCAAUCUAAUUGAUUUAAUUUUUCAUGCAUGCAAUAUGAUGUAAGAAAUUUAUAAAUUAGAUAGUUCUGACAGUUCUGUUUUCUGUUUUCAGUUCUAUUUUUAGCAGCAAUAAAUUUGUCAAAAAUAAAUCAAAACUAUCUUAUUUAUAGCUGUAAUUUCGAAUUUCAGUAAUAUAUGUCUAGGGGAUUGAAAUGUGAGAAAAGGGUCUCUAUAAUUUCAAAUUUCGGGUUGUUUUUUUCGUCUACUGUUUUUGACAGUCUGUUGUUCCUGACAGAAAACCAGAAAAUAGAUGUUGCAGUUUUUCCGAAUUCGGCGAUCUUUUUUUAUUUUUUUAGUUGCUGUUCUAAGUUGAAUAAAAUGCAAACACAUGUUCUUAAUCGUCCUACAGCAUAA